AUGACCCACGCGGAGUCGCAGCCUCCCUCUGAAUCGCAUCGCGCAUGGCAUGCGGAGAGCUUCUUGGAUUUUGCGCGCGCUCCAGCGCCGCUUGCUCCUUCCCCGAUCAACGAUUCACUGCGCGCCGACUGUGUCGCUGAUGGAUCGAAGUUUUCACAGCAUGUAGGCAGCGCGGGAGAGAAAUGUAACGGCGACGUUUCGGGCGACGAGAUGAUUGGUGGGCGAUACCGUCGCAUCCGUCGCGUCGGUGCGGGGUCGCAGGCGGUCGUGUGGGAAUGCGAAGACGUUUUUACGUCGCAGCGGGUCGCAUGCAAGAGCUACGCGAUGGCGCAGGCCCCGAUGCGCGACAUCGCGGCGGAGGUGCGAUCGCUGGAGAUCGUGGGCGACCAUCCGAACAUCGUGCGACUGCACGACGUGGUCGUUGGGCGACAGGGAAGCAGCCGAGCAGGCGGAGUAGCAUGCGGAGGGACAGGCGGAGCAGCCGGCCGAGACGCGGAAAUAGGAGCAGGUGUAAGGGCAGGUAACGCAGCAGAGUCAGAUAACUCGUGUAAACCUGAUAACUCAUCCGCGGCUCCGAUUUUACCCGCGGCAUCUCAGCCGUUGAGUCCUUCGAUUGACGCGAGCGUGCACGUGCUGAUGGAGCUGGUCCCCGGCGACGAUCUCCUCACGGAGAUUCUGCAGCGCGGCCCGCUCGCCGAGCCGCUCGCGUCGGCUUUGUUCCGGCAGCUCGCAUCGGCUGUCGCGUACUGCCACGCGUCGGGGGUCAUGCACCGGGAUAUCAAGCCUGAUAACGUGCUUCUGCUGCGGCCUCCUGAUUCCGCCCGCGGCGGGCCUCGCAUUGCGACGGGCCCUGCGACGGAACAUGCGAGAGGAUGUGCGACGAGCGUCGCGGCGGCGAUGGGCGCGGGGACAGCGACGGGGCAGCAGAUGGCAGGAGCAACGGAGAGAACUGCCGCGAGGCAGACGGGCGGAGAAGCAGCCAUUGCGGGGAAAGCACGUGGAGCGGCUGACCCGCCAAGCUUUAAACCACGUAGCCUUACGCCUUCCAAGGCUGUAAUGAAUGCCGGAGCCAUUAUUGGAGCGAGCAGCGCCGCAUUGCCGCCAGCGGGCGGGGGGAGGAGGGCCGCGCGGGAGCCUCGCGCGGAGGAGGGGCUGUGGGGGUGGCUCAUCGGCGCGCGGCUGUUCCCCUCCGCCGCGGGCAGAGGCGCGAGUUCCGACGGGCUCGGCGCGCAGGGGAGGGGCGCCAACAGUCCGCUGCGGGUCGUUCCGGGAAAGGUUGUGGGGAGGCGGUUCGCGGGGAAGAGCACGCGCGUUCAUCCCAUGGCGGGGGAGGAGGCGGAGGGGACUCUUGGCGCAGCGCUGACCGCGCAAUCAGCGCACUCCUCCAGCUCUUCCGCUUUCCCCUCGCUUUCUUCAGCCAGUUCUAUCCCCUUUGCGCCUAUGCCCUCCCCCACGUCUGUCCUCCUCCCUCCCGCGAUUGUGUCACACUCUCUAUCACGCACUCCCACACCCUCCACUCCCUGCCGUCUUACAUUCACCGCCGGCGGAGUCUUUGGGGAGAAGCGCUGCCCGCUCCCGCCCGCUUCCGCGGAAAGCAACUCGUUUUCUGCCGUGGGCGCGGGGUGGGCGCACGUGGGCGCGGAGAGGGGCAUCUGGGGGGUGAAGCUGGCGGACUUUGCGCUGUCCACAUUGGUGGCGGGGGGCAUGCGCGGGGCGAUGGCGGACAGGGGCGCGGGGACGCGGCAGUACAUGGCGCCGGAGAUCCUUCUGCUGGAGGUGCGGCGGAAAAUGGCCAGGGAGCGGCGGAAGGGGGGAGGGGGGGAGCCGGGGGGCAACGGGGAAGCGGUUCAGGGCGGGGGUGAUGCAGGGGAUGGAGGGGUUGGAGGGGAUGCAGAGGGUGCAGGGGAUGCAGUGGGUGCUCGGUAUGCAGGGGAUGCAGGGUGCAGCUACGGCAUGAAGGCGGAUGUGUGGAGCAUGGGCAUCACUCUGUGCUCCAUGCUCACAGGCCGUCUGCCCAUUGUCAAACCGGGUAAGCUGCUGGCCAUGCUGCAUGCGCAGCAGCAGCAGCUGGAGCAGCAGCAGCAGCAACAGCAGCAUGUGGAGUGGCAACAGCAGUGGCAGCAGCAGCAGCAGAAGCAGUGGCAGCAGAGGGAGGGUGAUGUGGGGGUGGAGGUGAGGAAGCAGCAGGGGGAGCAGGGAGGGUGGCAGAUGUGGGCAGCCCCCAGAUUCCAGUCUUGCAUUGGUGGACAUGAACAGUAG